AACAUAACAGAACGGUCACACGUGUCUUGUGUAUACGGUAGUUCAGUGUGCAGCAAUUCACCUUGGACACUGGUCAGUAGUGCAUAUCCUCGUUGAUGGGUUUUCAACAACACAUAAAGAAUGUUACAGAUGAAAAAUCGUUUAAAAUAUUGCUCUGUCGCAAUCGCUGCGAACAGGCUUGUUUCUGGACCGCUGAAGAACCCUGUUGUGUUUAUGGAAAUCGCAGCUGACGGCGAGUUUAUUGGAAGAAUCAUUAUCGAGCUUUUUGCUGACGUGGUUCCUAAGACAGCAGAGAACUUUAGGGCUCUCUGUACAGGAGAAUACGGUUUUGGUUAUAAGGGUUCUGUGUUCCACAGAAUCAUCCCUGAGUUUAUGUGUCAGGGUGGAGAUUUCACUAAUCAUAAUGGCACAGGUGGAAAAUCUAUUUAUGGAAAGAAAUUUGCAGAUGAGAAUUUUAAGCUGAAACACAAUGGACCAGGUGUGCUGUCAAUGGCAAACUCUGGUCCGGACACAAAUGCAUCACAGUUUUUCAUCAGCACUGUAAAAACAGACUGGCUUGAUGGCAAGCACGUUGUGUUUGGUCAGGUCAAAGAGGGCAUGGAGACCGUCUCUCUCAUGGAGUCCUAUGGCUUACAUGAUGGAGGAACUGUAAAGAAGAUUGCCAUUACAGACUGUGGAGAACUCAAAUGAUUGUGGAAAGUUCUGUAUGAGAGUCUUUUUGUGAACUCAAACUGCUUUUACAUGUAAAUCUUUAUGUAAAUUAGGGCUGCAUAACAACUAAUCGCAACUAAUCGUUUGCAUGCAUGUAUACAUUUUAAGAAAAAGUGUAUAUAUUAAGUAUUCAUAUUUAUAUAUAAUAUAAAUUAUAUAUAAAUAUAAAAUGUAUAUAUACAUGUUAAUAUUUCUUAAAUAUACACAUGCAUGUUUGUGUACUUCUAUAUACACCUAAUUAUUAUACACAAUACACACACAUAUAUGAUGUAAACAAAACCUUUAAUUCUGCAAACGAUUAGUUGUUAUGCAGCCCUAAAAUAAAUUAUUUGUAUUUAAUUCAAUAUUACUCACCUGUUGCAAUAUUAUGCACUGUUCUGGAUUAAUUGAGGUGUUUUAUGCUUACUAAGUAAGUACACUAAAAAGUAAAAUAUACUAUUUUUCAUAUACAAUAUAUCUUGCCUGGUCUAAAUUUUCUUAUAGCCUAUGAGUUAAAAACAUUUUUGAGGUUUAUAAAUUAGGAUAUAGCCUGUACAGAGAUUGUUUACCUUCUAAGAACUAUGCCAGAGAAACCCAGGAGGUAUUUUGAAUAAAUAAAUGACACACGAAACUG